CGAAAACUGAUUUAAACAAAACGAAAAAAAAAAAGAAAAUACAAUUGAAUUCUUGUAAGAAAAGUGAACGACAAGAAAAGUCAACAACAACAACAACAACAACAACAGCAGAGCCAAAACAAACAACCAGAAGAGGAAAAUGGGCCAACUGCAAAGGCAGCGAGUGGCUCAACUCGCCACACUCUAUGUGGUGCUCUGCAGCUGCUUGACUAUAGAGUUAAGCAGCGCUCAGCAGCAGCCCAAGCUGGAAAUCUAUCCUAAACAGGAGGUGCAAAGGAAGCCCGUGGGCAAGCCCCUCAUAUUGACCUGUCGCCCAACUGUGCCAGAUCAGACACUGGUCACCGAUCUGCAAUGGAAGGACAAUAUGAAUAAUACCAUUUUGCCCAAGCCGAGCAAUUAUGAUCCACUAUAUGAUUCCAAGGGAAAUAAAAAGAAUGUAACGGGACGCAACCAUCCACCGAUGUACACGGAGACGCUGCCCGGCGAAAGUUUGGGCCUGAUGAUUAGCUCGCUCUCCAGCGAAAUGGGCGGCCAAUAUUAUUGUACGGCUUCAUAUGCAAAUACCGAAAUACUCCAGACAAGCGUUACAAUUAAAACUUAUGUGGCUAUUACCUGGACAAAUGCGCCAGAGAAUCAAUUUCCUAUACUGGGCGAUGAUUACGUGGUCAAGUGCGAGGUGAAAGCCGAUCCCAAUCCAACCAUUGACUGGCUGCGCAAUGGCGAUCCGAUACGCACAGAUUCGAAGCACGUGGUGCAGACACAUGGCCUGCUCAUACGCGACGUGGCCGAAACAGAUGACGGCAUCUACACCUGUCGUGCGGCAGUCAUUGAGACGGGCGAACUGCUGGAGCGCACCAUUCGAGUGGAAGUCUAUAUCGGUCCGGUAAUAACACAUCUGCCCGCCACACUGGAGGCUGUUGAGGGCAAACCGUUUGCCGCCAAUUGCACGGCAACUGGUAAACCGGUGCCGGAGAUAAGCUGGAUCAAGGACUCUGUGCAGCUGAAUGUGGCCAAUGCGGACCGCUUCAAGGUUGAUGCCCAAACGGGUCUGUUGACCAUUAGCUCGGUUACCCAGGAGGAUUACGAUACCUAUACGUGCAUUGCCAAGAACGCGGCCGGCGUUGUGGAUCAGAAGACCAAGCUAAAUGUGCUCGUCCGCCCCUCUGUCUAUGAGCUGUACAAUGUGACGGGUGUCAGUGGCAAGGAAAUUGCCAUCACCUGCCGCUCCAAGGGACGUCCCGCACCGGCCAUCACCUUCCGUCGUUGGGGCACCGAACAGCAGUACACGGCUGGCGUCCAAAUAGACGAUGAACGCAUCACCCUCGAGCAAUAUUUUGAUGAGGAACGUGGCGAGAGCACCGGCACCCUGCGAAUUGCACGCUCCCAGCGCACAGACGACGGCUUGUAUCAGUGCAUUGCCAGCAACAAGGGUGACACCGCCUACAAGACCGGACACAUUGCCGUUGAAUUCCCGCCAGAUUUUUCGCACAUGAAGGAAUUGCCGCCGGUAUUCAGCUGGGAACAGCGCAUGGCAAAUCUUAGCUGCUUGGCUAUGGGCAUACCGAAUGCGACCAUCGAAUGGCGCUGGAACGGACGCAACAUUAAGGAUCUGUAUGACACGAAUCUCAAGAUCGAAGGCACCGGACCACGCAGCGAUCUCAUUGUGCAUCCAGUGACCCGGCAAUAUUAUUCCGCCUACAAGUGCAUUGCCACCAAUAUCCAUGGCUCUGCCGAGCACGAUAUGCAGCUGAAGGAGGCGCGCGUACCGGACUUUGUAUCGGCAGCUGUGCCCCGCCAGCUGACGGCGACCACCAUCACCUUCGAUAUACGCGGCCCGGCCACAGAACUCGGCCUGCCCAUACUGGCGUUCAGUGUACAAUACAAGGAGGCACUCAAUCCGGACUGGUCGACGGCUCUCAAUCGCAGCUGGUCACCCGACUCGCCGUACAUUGUUGAGGGACUGCGUCCACAGACCAUGUACAGUUUCCGUUUUGCGGCACGCAACCAGGUCGGUCUUGGCAAUUGGGGUGUGAAUCAACAGCAAUCGACGCCGCGUCGUUCCGCGCCCGAGGAGCCCAAGCCAUUGCACAGCCCCGUACAGAACGAUAAGGAGGAACCGGUCGUCGUGUCACCCUAUUCGGAUCACUUUGAGCUUCGCUGGGGCGUGCCCGCUGACAAUGGUGAGCCCAUCGAUCGCUACCAGAUCAAGUACUGUCCGGGCGUUAAGAUGGCCGGCACCUGGCACGAGCUGGAGAAUCGCUGCAAUACGGUCGAGGUUGUGGAGACCACAUCGUAUCAGAUGUCCGAUCUGAGCGGCAAUACGUAUUAUCGCAUCGAGCUGAAGGCACACAAUGCCAUCGGCUAUUCAUCGCCGGCAUCUAUCAUUAUGAAAACGACCAGAGGCAUCGAUGUCAUCCAAGUGGCGGAACGUCAGGUUCUCUCCUCGGCGGCAAUUGUGGGCAUUGCCGUUGGCGGCGUGCUUCUUCUACUCUUCAUUGUGGAUCUUCUGUGUUGUGUGACCGUGCACAUGGGCGUCAUGGCAGCCAUGUGCCGCAAGGCCAAGCGUUCGCCUUCGGAGAUCGAUGACGAGGCCAAGCUGGGCAGUGGACAGCUGGUUAAGGAGCCACCACCAUCACCGUUACCACUGCCGCCGCCAGUUAAGCUCGGCGGCUCACCAGUGACAUCUCCAUUGGACGAAAAGGAGCCACUGCGCACACCCACCGGCAGCUUGAAACAAAACUCAACCAUCGAAUUCGACGGGCGCUUUGUGCAUUCGCGCAGCGGCGAAAUCAUUGGCAAAAAUUCGGCGGUGUAAGCGACGCGACCAAAACGAGCUGCAACAAAAACGACGUGCACAAAACUUGCAACAGAGAAAAGUAUUGAAAAGUCGCCCAACCCCCAAACCCUCACACUUUCGCAAAUAGUAUAGAAGGAGCCGCAGCACCAAACCACAAACAUGACUAACCCAAUUACCUGUCCACCCACAAAUGCCGAAUAAACGACACGAACAAGUUGCGAAUUACAGCAGCAAAACCAAAGCCAAAGCUGUGGGAACAGCGUUAAGAAUACUGUUUUUCAUUGGCAUAUGAGUUGGUGUUCAGUUCAAAUUUAAGUUCUAUACAAUCUUAACUAAAUGUCUUACUAUAUAUACGAUAUCUAAAGCAUACAUAAAUAAUAUUUUAAGCUCACUACAACACACACACACACAAAAUACACUCAUAUGUCCAUGUUGCUUCACUUUGUUUUUGCUGCCUUGCUUUUUUUUUGUAUUGAUUCUUCAGACUAUAUUAUUGACUAUAUAUGGCUGACUGGAUUCUCAACAAAAUAUUUAACAAUUUAGCUUAAGAUCAAAACAAAAUUAAAACUUAAAUUAAUGCCUUAAAAAAAUGAUGAACAAAAAUGAAUUAAUUAUUACAUUUAUUUAGCAUUUAAAUGAGAUGGGGCAAGGAGCAAGAGAAUGGGUUUAGAAUCAUACACAAAAUAUUAGUUUAACUAACUUAAACAUGCCAUAAAUAAGUUUUACAAUUAAGUUCAAGGAUUUUCACAAAGUUCUUUUCGAUAACCACGUUCACCCAUUAAUUUCGUAGUACUUAAACCACUUAAACAAAAGACUUUGCGGGCAUUUGUUUCUAAAAACACGAACAUGACAAACAAUUACUGAACCCAAUUUUAGUUAAGAAUUCAUUCACAUUCAAAUUUUGGUUUCCUAUUGGUAAAUUGAUAUACUUAAUGAACCGUACGAAUCACAUAGAUAUAUACAAAUAUAAAAUGUAUGUUAGUUAUAAACAAAAUGCUCAAUUUAAAUGCGAUGAUAUGAAAAGGCUAACAAGAAGUACAGUUACGACAGAGAAUGCAACUGCUUAGCGUUUUGCAAGCACCGUUGCUCUGCCAUGUAGCUUCAAACAAACGAUCAACUGCUUGGCAAGUACAGUUGCGACAAAAGUUGCACUGCUUGGCAAGUACAGUUGCGACAACAACUGCAACCGAUUUGCUUUUGAAAACUGCCAAAACAAAGAUGAGAAUAUGGAAAAAUGAUGAAAUAUUAGAAAGAAAAGAGAAUUUGCUGUUCAAUAUAAACAUAAUUAAGAUAUUUCAAUGAAUGUGUACUAAAUAGAAUGCAUAAUUCAAAGCGUAAAUGUUUAAUUAUGUGUGUGUGUUAAAUGCAAGUUUCAAUAAGCUGAAAUCAACUACGACAAUGCCAAACAAUUCGUAUUAAUUUUGUUUUAAUUACUCUCUAAUUCUCUUAAGUUCUAUUUUCAUGACAUUCUGUAAAGAACAUUUAAAAAUGAAAAGCCAGCAACAAAUGCAAAUUAUGAAAUUAUGUACUCAGUCUUAAUUAAUUACAAUUUUCAAGUUAUUUCCUCCACCCUUUUUAUUUAGAUUUUAUAUGUGUAUGUAAAAA